AUGUCGCCAUCUGAUUCGCGCCGAGCCAGAAACGCUUACAUCGUACUUGCGCUCUCCGUCUGUGCUGCCCUGGCUGCCAUCCUCGCUCCCUCUUUUGGCGGUUCGAUCUGGCAGUCGCUCCGCUCCUCGAUCGGCUCUACUUUCCUUCGCACCCACGCUACUUGUGCCCUGGCAGACCCAGCCUUCGCGCCCGUCUCUUCCACCAUGACCGACGCCACCGACGCCUCCAAGUGGUUCCGCUUGCCCCGCAACGUCGUCCCCACCCACUACGACAUUACGCUCAAGUCCGACCUCGAGGCGCUCCAGUUCUCCGGAACCGCCACCAUCGACCUCGACGUGCUCGAGGACACUGAUUCGAUCGUCUUCAACGCCGCCGAGAAGCUCGCCCUCUCCAAGUCCCUCGUCCUCAGCCAGGCGCUCAAGACCGACAACAAGAGCUUCGUCACCCUCGACAUCGACGCAAAGCAUGAGCGCGCAACCGCAAAGCUCCCCAACUCCCUCCCCAAGGGCUCCAAGGCGCAGCUCGUCGUCGCCUUUGCCAGCGACAUCGACAAGAGCAUGAUGGGUUACUAUCGCAGCACCUGGGAGCACGAGGGCAAGAAGGGCUACUACGCACUCACCCAGUUCGAGCCCACCGCCGCCCGCCGCGCCAUCCCCACCUGGGACGAGCCCAACCUCAAGGCCACCUACACCUUCCGCAUGAUCCACCGCAAGGACACCACCGCCCUCGCCAACAUGAACGUCGUCAGCUCCAACGACAUCUCCCAGUCCGAGCAGGUCAAGCUGCUCCGCGCCGCCGAGCUCGGCCUUGACGACAUCCUUGCUACCACCGGCAAGACCGAGGGCAAGACCGAGGGCAAGACCGAGCUCGCCUCCACCGCCUCCAACGACUGGACCGUCACCGAGUUCGCCACCACGCCCAAGGUGUCCACCUACCUCGUCGCCUGGGCCAACGGUCCCUUUGUCAGCAUCGAGAGCAGCUACACCAGCCCGCUCACCGGCAAGGUCAUCCCCAUGAAGGUCUACACCACUCCAGAGUACAUCCACCAGGCCCAGUACGCGCUCGACGUCAAGGUCAAGGUGCUCCCCGAGUACGAGCGUGUCUUUGACGUCGCCUACCCGCUCCCCAAGCUCGACACGCUCGUCGCCUCCGACUUUGACGCAGGCGCCAUGGAGAACUGGGGCCUCAUCACCGGCCGCACCUCGGUUUACCUCUACGACCCCGAGAAGUCCGGCCUGCAGUCGCAGAAGCGCACCGCCGGUGUCCAGUCGCACGAGGUCGCGCACCAGUGGUUCGGCAACAUCGCCACGCUCGACUGGUGGGACAACCUCUGGCUCAACGAGGCCUUCGCCACGCUCAUGGGCGAGGUCGUCAUCCUCGACCGAUGCUUCCCCGAGUGGGAGUCCGCCUCCGAGUUCAUCAACGUCCACCUCGACCGCGCACUCGACCUCGACGGCAAGCGCUCCAGCCACCCCAUCGAGGUGCCGCUCCAGGGCGAGAACGUUGAGGACGCCAUCAACCAGGUCUUUGACGCCAUCUCUUACUCCAAGGGCGCCAGCGUGCUCCGCAUGCUCUCCAACAUGAUUGGCGAGGAUGUCUUCCUGAAGGGUGUCUCGAUCUACCUCAAGAAGCACCUCUACUCCAACGCCGUCACCAAGGACCUCUGGAACGGCAUCAGCGAGUCGUCCGGCCGCGACAUUGCCUCCAUCAUGGCCAACUGGGUGCUCAAGCAGGGCUUCCCCGUCCUCACCGUCACCGAGGAUGCCGAUGGCCUCACCAUCAAGCAGAACCGCUUCCUCUCCACCGGCGACCCCACCGCCGAGGAGGACAAGACGCUGUGGUACGUGCCGCUCAUGCUCAAGACCGUCGGCGCCGACGGCAAGGUCGCCGUCGACCGCGACGCCUUCCUCAACAGCGAGCGCGAGGUCAAGAUCCCGCUCGCCAACGCCAAGGACGCCACCUACAAGCUCAACGCCGAGACCAUCGGCGUCUACCGCGUCGCGUACUCGCCCGAGCGCCUCGCCAAGCUCGGUGAGGAGGCUGCCAAGAAGAAUUCGGCCUUCUCGCUCGAGGACCGCCUGGGUCUGGUCUCGGACGCCUUUACGCUCGCCUCGGCCGGCUACGGCAAGACGUCGGGCGGUCUGUCGCUCGCCAAGGCGCUGCGCAACGACCCCACCUACCUGGUCAACUCGGCGUCGUCGCUCAACCUCGGCACGCUCGCCAGCGCGUGGUGGGAGCAGGAUGCGAAGGUGACGGGCGCGAUCAAGAAGCUGCGCGCCGACAUCUUUGGUCCCACGGCCAAGAAGCUCGGCUUCGAGUUUAGCGCCGACGACUCGCCCGAUCUCAAGCAGCUGCGUGCCGUCGCCAUUGCCGCCGCGUCUGCGGGCGAGGAUGCGUGGACGCUGGGCGAGAUCAAGAAGCGCUUUGACCACCUUGCCACCACGGGCGACGACAGCCAGAUCCACCCGGAUCUGCUGCGCACCACCAUGGCGCGCGCCGUCGAGCACGGUGGCGAGAAGGAGUACGAGGCUGUGCUUGCCAUCUACCGCAAGCCGUCGACGCCGACGCACAAGAUUGCAGCCAUGCUGGCGCUGGGCGCGUCCAAGGAGGUCAAGCUGCUGGAGCGCACCGUGGACUUCCUGUUUGGCGACGAGGUCAAGGAGCAGGACUUUAUGUUCUUCUUUGCGGCGCUGUCGGGCAACCCUGCUGGCCGACGUCUGAUCUGGGAUGCGACCAAGGGCCGCUGGGAGGCGCUGUCCAAGCGGUUUGCGGGCAACUUUUCGCUCUCGCGCAUCAUCGAGUACUCGUUCAGCGCCUUCUCGUCCGAGCAGGACGCGCAGGAUGUGGAGCAGUUCUUCAAGGACAAGGACACGGCCAAGUUCUCCAUGGGUCUCAGCCAGGGUCUGGAUGCCGUGCGCGCACGCGCCAGGUGGGUCGAGCGCGAUGCUGAAGAUGUCAAGCAGUGGCUGCAGGCCAACGGCUACCUUGCCUGA